AAUUCUACUCGGACGAAGAUUAUACGCGUGAAAUACCGCGAAUGGAUGCUGUUGAAGAGAACUCGGACGUUUGGGAUGACAGUGCAUUAGUAGCCGCGUGGGAUUCUGCAGUAAAAGAGUACCAGUCCUUUCAUAGCAUUCGGGCCACUAAAUCUGCGAAUAAAAAAGAUACAAUUGCAAGCGAAGUUGAAAAUUCCAAGAUCGGAGAACAUGGUGAAGAGUCUCUAAUAAGGCCUAGACAGAGCGAUAAUAAGAUUCAGGGUCAAAUACUAGGAUUUAAUGAGAAACUUGCGCGAGAUGAUAGGAAGAUAACCUCUGAGUCUUCUAGUCAAACUGAGAAGGAACCUUUAGAAGAAACCAUUGAUAAUGAUGCCUCAUCAUCAUACCAAUAUCAUAGAUCCGAAGCUUCACAAAGUGUACCUUAUGGACCUUACUUUAACUAUUAUAUGCCACCACCGCAACAUCAUUAUCAUUCUUUCCCGGAA